AAACCGCGUCUCCCCUCCCACUCACCGGAGCUCCGACGUGAACCGGUAGCGAGGCUUGAAAAGGGAGAACACCCGGAAACCCCGGGGAGUUUACUGUCUCAUAGCACUCGGUCGGCGGAGCCUGGUGGUGUGAGGGACUGGACUGAGAGUGAAAGGUGAAAGGAUGGACACCCAGAGCCAGGUUGUGGACAGGUUGCGGGCGGUCUUUCGUUCAGGCGUCACAUUACCAGAGCAGUUUCGUAAAACGCAGCUGAACAAGCUCAUGUCCAUGAUCAGAGAAAAUGAGCAGCAGAUUUUGGAUGCGUUGCACAAAGACCUCGCCAAGCCAAAAUUUGAGGCCGUCCUGUCUGAGCUUGACAUAGUGUUCAAUGAGGUGUACUACGCCAUCGCCAACUUGAAAACCUGGAUGCAGCAGGAGUAUGUCGGUAAAAACAUGGCCACUAGGCUAGAUGACUGUUUUGUACGGAGGGAGCCACUAGGAGUUGUGUUAAUCAUUGGAGCUUGGAACUACCCUGUGCAACUCCUUUUGAUACCCCUGGUUGGAGCCAUUGCAGCAGGAAACUGUGUAAUCAUCAAGCCUUCAGAGAUCAGUGGUGCCACAGCCAAUCUGAUGGCAGAACUCAUCCCCAAGUAUCUAUCUCAGGACUGUUAUACAGUUGUUCAAGGUGGAGCAGAGGAGACCAAGGCACUUUUGCAAAAUCGCUUUGACCACAUCUUCUACACAGGUUCUCAGAGGGUGGCACGCUGCAUCCUGCAGGCAGCUUCAGUCCACUUGACUCCAGUGACCUUGGAGCUGGGCGGCAAGUGUCCGUGCUUCAUAUACGGUCGGGUGAACAUAACAGCUGCUGCUCGACGCUUGGCGUGGUCAAAGUUUUUCAACUCUGGCCAGAGUUGUGUGGCUCCGGAUUAUGUGCUUUGUUCACCGGCCACACGGGACGCCCUGCUGCCUGCACUUCGUCAAAUCAUGAAGGAUUUCUACAGCACGGAGCCUCAAAACUGUCCCGACCUGGCCCGUAUCGUGACGCCCCAACACUGGACGCAUGUGAUGGAACUGCUCGGGAGGUCCAAUGGCAAAGUUGUUAUGGGAGGAGAGGGCAACCAGGAGGACAAGUACAUAGCUCCCACGGUGGUCGUGGACGUGGCUGAAGACGAUGCCCUGAUGCAGGAGGAGAUCUUUGGCCCCAUCCUGCCCAUCCUAACUGUCGAGUCUCUGGAGGAAGGCAUCGACUUCAUCAACCGCAAAGAGAAGCCGUUGGCGCUCUAUGUUUUCUCUGACGAAUCAUCUGUGGUAAACACAGUGCUGAAUAAGACAAGCAGUGGAGGAUUCUGCUCUAAUGACGGCAUCCUCCACAUGACCCUACCGAGCCUGCCUUUCGGAGGUGUAGGGGCCAGUGGAUGGGGCAGUUACCACGGCCGCUGGGGUUUCGAGACGUUCAGCCACCGGCGGGGCUGCAUGCUGCGUGGCUGGGCUCUGGAGAGACUCAACGGGCUGCGUUACCCACCGUACAACGAAAACAAACUGAGCUGGCUGCGCUGGAGCGCCUCACCCAAGAGCAGCUGCUCUCUCAUGUGAUGACACGCAGGUGGAGUGUGUGUUGUCUGUGAACAUAGAGGAGCUUUUUAUAAUGUGUGCUGCAUGAGUGAAUGUUGGGGAAAUUAAUAUAGAAUCAGGAUUUGUAGUUCCAUUUUUUUUAAACUUGUGAAAGUUGUUUGCUUCUGUAUUAACAUACUAUUGCUCUGUCACUUUGCCCACCUUCAUCCUAAAAGCAGACCUCUGAGCCACUUUAUGAUGGUCUCUCUGUCACCGAUUGCAAUUUUAUAUCUACAAUUUUUUUAUUAUUCUUCCUAAGAGAAAGAAAAAAAAAUCUACCUUUUCUAACUGGGUUUGUCAUGUCACAUACUUUACUUUGAGUUUGCACACUUAAGAAAAAAGUCACUUUUCAAUUGAUAAAACCAUUACACUUUAAGCACUAGAAUCUUUGGGUGAUUUACAUUUUAACAACCUCCUUAAGUGUCUUUGUGAUUCUAUUGUAUAGUUUUGGUCUUUUUGUAAGUGGAGUGAUUUGUUGGUUUUUAAUGUUUUCCAUAAAAUAAUGUAAAUAAAUAUGAAGAGUAA